AUGAUAUCAUUUCCUUCUUUCUUCUUUCUUUUCUUCUUCUUUGUUCCACUCUCUUGUUUUAGCUCGUUGGUAACACUCUCAGGCAACAAGACCAUAGUCUCUGACGGCCAAGAAUAUGAAUGUGGCUUUUUCCAACCCGAUAAUUUGACUUCCCAUUGGUAUCUGGGAAUAUGGCUAAAGGAAGACCCUAUUAGAACUUCUCUAUGGGUAGCCAACAGAGAUAAUCCUCUCACCACACCCAACGGAACCCUCGACAUCAUCGACAAGGAACUCGUCUUGGUUGAUAAAGACAAUGCACGUGUCUGGUCUGCGAAACUUAGCAGAGAGGUUGAUAAGUCUCGGAUGGUAGCACAACUCGAAGACAACGGCAACCUUGUGGUCAAGAGUUCGAAACACUCAGAAGAAGAAUACUCAUGGCAGAGUUUCGAUACUCCGACAGACACUUUACUUCCGCAGAUGAGGUUGGGCAUCAAUCCCAACACAAAAAAUCACAUAGUCCUCAAAAGCUGGAAUAGUUCAAUUGAUCCGUCAAGCGGGUAUUUCUCGUUGGGCAUCGAAGACGAGUCAUAUGAGAUCUUUGUGAUUUAUCUACAGCAUCCACAUGCAGAGAAUAGAUAUCGGAGCAUUGUGUGGAAUGGAUUCCAGUUUGGUGAUAUGCCACCGAUUCUGAAACAACUAGAUGCCCCAGAUUCCUUCGUGAUGACGACCUACCAAAGCAGUAAAUCAAGGUUAACGUUGACGCCAGAUGGGGACUAUGAAGUAUACAUGUGGGUACAAGAAGAAACGACAUGGCAGCUGUCAUGGUCAACGACUCAGGACUCGUGUUUUAAGGACGCCCGUUGUGGAUCCUACGGGUUUUGUUCGAAAAACACGAUACCCAGGUGCCAUUGUUUGCAAGGGUUUCAUCCGAAAAAUGAUGUAAUUGAGUCGGGUGGGUGUGCUAGAAUCACUGCCCCGAAGUGCAAGGAGGACGACAAGUUCAUGAUUCUGAAAAACAUGAAACUACCAGAAAAUCCAGAUGACACUUUACAUGCGAGUGCUCUGGAAGCGUGUGAGUCGUUGUGCCGAAGGGAGUGCAACUGUACUGCGUUUGCGCGUAUCAAAUUACAAAAUGGACAGAACACAGACCACAGGUGUAUAACCUGGAUUGGAGAGCUGCACGACAUGCAAAACUACACCGUUGGGGGUCAAGACCUUCAUGUCAGAUUGAAAGAACCGGAGAAUGGUAAAAAAGAAAGUGCAAGUUUGAGGCCUUGGAUGAUCGUGCUUAUCGUGGUGGGUCUCUUUUUGUUCAUCGCCUUCUGCUACUGCUUCUAUAAACGAGAGAAAAGAGGCGCAACAUCAACUCAAGUUCCAACUCAAACGCAGAUGAUGAUGACUGAAAUAGCAGGAGAAGAUCAAUUAUUUGCAGUUAUGGAUCUUAGUACGAUUGUGGAGGCUACGGAUAAUUUCUCUAGUACCAACGUACUCGGCAGAGGUGGUUUCGGCAUUGUCUACAAGGGAAUCUUACCCAACGGCAAAGAAGUUGCGGUGAAAAGGCUGUCGAAUAAUUCAUCUCAAGGGACUUUCGAGUUUAGAAACGAGGUGACUACGAUUUUAAACAUCCUUCACAAAAAUCUCGUCCGCCUUUUAGGCUGCUGCUGCGAAGGGAGUGAGAGGAUUUUAGUCUACGAGUAUUUACAAAACUUAAGUUUGGAUCGUUUUAUCUUCGUAGAUGAAGCUAGAAGCAGAUUGUUAAACUGGGCGACUAGAUUCCGCAUCAUCAACGAGAUUGCCCAAGGACUAUCUUAUCUCCACAAUUUCAGGGACAGUCCCAUCAUUCAUAGGGACUUGAAGCCAAGCAACAUCUUACUGGAUACAAAUAUGAUCUCAAAGAUAUCAGAUUUUGGCAUGGCCAAGAUUUUACAAAGUGGCCAGACAGAAGCAGAAACCGAGAGAUUGGUGGGAACAUAUGGCUAUAUGUCUAAAGAAUACGCGAUGGACAAUAUAAUCUCGGAUAAAUUAGACGUCUUCAGCUUUGGGGCGAUGAUCCUCGAGAUCAUUACUGGGCGACAAAAUCUCAAGUUUUGUAACUCUCACCCUGGAGAUAGCCUUCUUGACCUAGUUUGA